GGCCAAGGCUUCUUGAUUGAGGGAGGAGGCAGAAGAAGAGGGCUCACCGGGCAGCCUGGUCAUCAGGCCUUUCCCUGAAAUUUUUCCAUGAUUGAAACAGCUACCGGUACGCUUUGCAAGGAGUUCUACCUACCUAAUGCUUCUUGCCUCCAAUGGUCAGCUGACCUUCGACUCGGUCGUGUUCCAGAGAAGGAAUCAAAGACAGACCCAAGAGUACGGGUGAUUGGUGACUCAGCAAACGCAUAACUUGGGGAAGCACCGUCAAUAUUGCAUCGUUUGCAAGCUAGCAACAUGGGUAGCCGAGCGGCCUUCCACCUCAUGCUGCAAGACCUGGGCUAUGUAGAAACCACCAAUGCCGACGCUGAUCACAUGAAAAAGCUUAUGCGCUUGGCCAAUGUGGUCGAGGCACGGAAUCAACUCCAGGCAGAUGGCCGCGAUCUGUGCAGAAAUCAGGAGUGUGGCGAGGCGGCCACAAUGCAGUGUGGGCGGUGCAAGGAGAACGGCAUUGCGGUGUGGUACUGUGGUAGGGACUGCCAGCGGAAAGACUACAAGGGGCAUAAGGAGGCCUGCAAAGCAGGGGUUGUCGGUAAGACACCCCCUGCCCCAACUUUUGCUGCCCCUCCCGGCGCCUUUGCCUCUAGCGGUUUGCCGCCAUUCCUCCAAUCUAACGACGAGCCUAAAAGCUGGUGCAAGGGCCUGAGCGAGAAGCGCGCUUACAAGCGCUUCAUCGACAGCUAUCGGCUGAGGAUUGAAGAUGACUACACGAUGAGGGGGGAUGCAUCGGGGCUGUACGGAGGGGAGGACCCCCUCCCCUCGUUCUUACGGUUUUUGCGGAAAGCGAGAAGGAAGGAUCUGAUGCCAGAUUGGUGGAACGACGAAAAGGAGGCAGCCUUGAAAAAGAUGGCUCUCACAGACAAGUGGGCAAACAUCAAAUAUGCUGUUGAGAAGAGCGAUAUCACAGAGCACUAUGGUUAUGGCUCCGGCGAGCACUUUAUUCUGCGGGGCUUAGCAGAGCAGAUCGAGGAUGGAGAAGAUGAUGAGAGCCCUUACGAAGAAUCAGAUUACGAGGAUGAUGAAUCUGAUGACGAUGAACUGGCAGAUUAUGCAUACAACCGGUAUUUGGAGCUUUCCAAAAAAGCAGGAUUCGAUUGAACUUGUCAGAAUGAAGGUGAGCGAGUUUGGGGAGUUGCCUUGACGAAAGUCGACUGAAAACAUAGCGUCAGAGAUUGCACCUUCGAUCAACUUCAAAGAUCCAUCUAGUCACACAAAGAUGAAUCAAGAUCAUCUGCUGUAGCGUCUGCGAUAGGGAAGGGCGGCCUUGAAUGUUGCAUGUGCACGAUCAAGACAAUACUUCAAGAGCGAU